AUGGCCACGCCCCCAACCUCGGCACCGCCCACGACCCGACCAGCCCUCAGGAAGGCCCGGCGGCAGGAGCAGCUCGUCAGCAAGAGACUGCUGCGGGAAGAGGCGGCGGAUGGACGGGACGGAGCGGAGAGCGGCCCCGGCGCCCUCAGCCACGAGCAGGUCGUGGAGCUGCUCAGAGGGGUGCAGAGGGGCUCGGCGGACAGGAGCGGGUCGCUGCGCCGCCUCCGCUGGGCGCUGCAGGACAAGGAGACGCAGCACGCGUUCGCCAGGCUGGAGGGCAGCGUCCGGGUGCUCGUCGGGCUGCUCACCAGCAGCCAGGCCCACGUGCAGCUGGAGGCCGCUCGCUGCCUGCACGAGCUCUCCCACGCCACUGAGCCUGCCGUGGCGGAGGCCUGUCUGCCCGCCACCCCCUAUCUGCUCACCUACCUCUCGGGACACAGCGUCGAGUUCACGGAGCUGUGUUUAUACACGCUGGGGAACCUGGUCGUAGAAAGCGAGGCCGUGAGGAAACAGCUUCUGCCUCAGGGCAUUAUUCCAGCACUGGCAUCCUGCAUCCAGUCCCCGCAUGAGGCAGUGCUGGAAGGUCUGGGCUAUGUCCUGUCGCAGCUGCUCCAAGCCAAGGAAGCCCCCACGGAGAUUGUGCCCUUGGUGCUGGACUCUGGUCUCCUCCAGCACAUGCUCCGCCUGGUCUGCUCCGGCCUCAAGUCUGGCGUAGGCGCCGCAGUGGAGUUCGCCUGGUGCCUCCACUACAUCGUUUGUAGCCACGUGGCCAACGCGGCGCUGCUGGCGCUGGGGGCUCUGCCGGCUCUGGCCUCGCUUUUGAUUGACGUGGCCUCCGAAAUGUCCCCAGGCGCUGCCGAAGGCCUGGAGCUGCUCGUGUGCCCGGUGCUGCGGUGCCUCAGCAACCUGCUCGCCGAGGAGACGGCGGGCUGCGACGUGCGCGUCCUGGACGAGCGCCUGCUCGUGGCCCUCUUCCUCAUCCUGCAGUGCCUCUUCCAGGAGCACCCCUUCAUCGUGCAGGAGAGUCUCUGGCUGCUCAACAACCUUACGGCGGAUGAGCCCUUCUUCUGCUCCACCCUGCUCGCUCUGGACCUGCUGCCGGCCCUGCUGCAACUCCUGCCGCAUUCCCAGACCGCGAGUGUGUUGGUGCUGACGGUGCUGUGCAAUAUCGCGGAGAAGGGCCCGGCCUAUUGCCAGGAGCUGCACCGGCGGGCCGCGCUGCCCCCGCCGCCGGGCACCCUGUGCGGCACCGAGGCACUGGGGCAGUACCUCGAGCUGCUGCACCUCCUCUUCCUGCACUGCCCCGAGGCCGCUGCCGACUUCGUCCGUCAGGGAGGCCACGAGGCGCUGGAGCAGCAGCAGGGCAGCGCGGAGCUCGCGGCGCGGGCGCAGGCCUUGCUGCACAUGGCCUCACGCAGCGCCAGGCCCGCGCUCGCCUAGGCCUGGCCUCCCUGCCCUCCGCC